CAUGGCGACCGGAAGCAGGAAGUGAGAGCGGCGAGGGGUGUACACACCAGGAACCGGGGGGGAACGGAAACACCGAAACUAUGGAGCUGUGAGACGGUAGAAACCAAGAAUAAGGAUCGGGACUCCGCGAAAACGACCUGAGACAGCACUUAAAGAGGAACUGCAUUACUGUUAAUGUGUCUCAAUUUAAGUAAGAUCAUGAAGCUGGGACCCUGAUGCUCUGCACAUUGCCUGGGAUGGACAGGGGGGCCAGAUACCCACAACCUGAACCACAACACGGAGCCAGUGGGAUGUGUUCUACGGCAGCCGUGCAGUACCAGUCAAUUCAGCCUGACAUUGAGAACCCGGCACUGGCUGGCACCCCGUGGAAACAUUUCACAUUUUCACCUGCUCAUUGCUUGCCUCAUGCUCCUCUCACCAGCCCAAAUCAAUUGUGUCUUGACAGCUCGACAGAAUAUUACCAUGAUCCAGUUCAAAACAAUUUGCCAACAUUCAACAACUACCUACAAGGCUCAAGGGAUGACUUUUUGGACUCCAGUUAUUUGAAUGAGCCAUCCAAUCACUCCAUCCUCUGUUCCCCACCGGAUUCAUUGUCUGAUAUCACUGACACCCCAGAUUUCCUACCAGCUGACAGUCUAAACCAUGUAUCUACAAUAUGGGAAUUUGGCCUUCCUUCUCAGGACCUCAGCUCCAGCCAGCUCUUUCCAUCCAGUCGUCCAUUUCUGGGGUUGGACAGUUUGGAAGACCUACAGGCCAUAAUUAGUACUCCCUCAGUGCAACCACGGAAUCCGAAUGUUGCAGAGGAAGAUGAUGAAAAUGAAGACACAGAGGAGCUGGGACACACGGAAACAUAUGCUGAUUAUAUUCCAUCAAAGUCCAAACUUGGCAGGCAGCAUCCAGACCGUGUUGUGGAGACCAGCACUCUUUCCAGUGUUCCGCCUCCUGAUAUUACUUACGCGCUCUCUCUGCCCAAAUCUAUUAUUGACAGAGGUCUACUCUCAGCAUUGCAGUUGGAAGCCAUAGUUUAUGCCUGCCAGCAACAUGAGGUUAUUCUCCCAAGUGGACAGAGAGCUGGAUUCCUGAUUGGUGAUGGAGCUGGUGUGGGGAAAGGCCGAACUGUUUCAGGGAUCAUCCUUGAGAACUACCUUAAAAGAAGAAAGAAAGCUCUGUGGUUCAGUGUAUCUAACGAUCUGCGCUGUGACGCAGAGCGAGAUCUCCGCGACAUUGAUGCUAGUAGUAUACCGGUGCAUGCACUUAGCAAGAUCAAGUAUGGAGAUACGUCUGCGUCUGAGGGCAUCUUGUUUGCCACUUAUUCAGCACUUAUCGGUGAAAGCCAAGCAGGAGGACAGCACCGGACACGCAUUAAACAAAUCCGAGAUUGGUGUGGAGAGAAUUUCGAUGGAGUUAUUGUAUUUGAUGAAUGUCACAAAGCUAAGAAUGCAUCUUGCACCAAGAUGGGCCGUGCUGUUUUGGACUUGCAGAAUAACUUGCCUUUGGCACGUGUGGUUUAUGCUAGUGCCACAGGCGCCUCCGAGCCCAAGAACAUGAUUUACAUGAGCCGUUUGGGAAUCUGGGGCGAAGGAACAUCUUUCAGUACUUUUGAUGAUUUCUUGCAUGCCAUUGAAAAGAGGGGUGUGGGAGCUAUGGAGAUUGUCGCCAUGGAUAUGAAGGUCAGCGGAAUGUACAUCGCAAGGCAGCUUAGCUUCUCAGGAGUCACCUUCCGUAUCGAAGAGAUUCCCCUUGAUGAGCAAUACAAACAGAUGUAUAACAGGGCAGCACAAUUGUGGGCAGAAGCAUUGACUGUGUUCCAAACAGCAGCAGACUGGCUAGGAUUGGAGUCCAGGAAGUCAUUAUGGGGUCAGUUCUGGUCAGCUCAUCAGAGAUUUUUCAAGUACUUGUGUAUCGCUGCUAAAAUAGAUCGUCUGGUGACACUGGCAAAGCAGGAGCUGGCUAAAGACAAGUGUAUGGUAAUUGGUUUGCAGUCCACUGGUGAAGCUCGCACACGAGAAGUGAUGGAUGAAAAUGAUGGCCAUCUCGACUGCUUUGUGUCAGCUGCAGAGGGUGUCUUCAAGUCUCUGAUCACAAAACACUUCCCCUCAACCAAAAGAAAACGUGAUAAAGGCCUACUGAAGAGAAAACGUCGUGGAAAACCUCGCAGUGGUAAACUGUCCCGUGUAGAUCCCUCUGGAGUAAUCCGUAUCAGUGAGGAGAGCAGCUCAGAUUCUGAAGGUGGCAUGGACAGUGACUUCAAUUCAUCUCCUGAGUCUUUGCAGGACAAUGAUGAUGUCAUCUUUGUGGAACACACUGUGAAUGGCCUGAUUAUGCCUGACCGAGGUCCUGAGCAGGUUGAGCUCAUGAAGAAAGAUUUGCUAGCCAAGGUCCAGGCAUUGGGAAAAGACUUGCCACUAAAUACACUGGAUGAGCUGAUAGACAAGUUUGGAGGUCCUGAGAACGUGGCAGAGAUGACUGGUAGAAAAGGACGCGUGGUUCGCUGCAGUGACGGAUCUGUGCGCUUUGAGUCUCGGGCUGAGCAUAACCUGUCCAUAGAUAAUGUCAAUUUACGAGAAAAGGAGCGCUUCAUGAAUGGAGAAAAGUUGGUGGCUAUAAUAUCUGAGGCAUCAAGUUCAGGGAUCUCACUCCAGGCUGAUCGCCGAGUACGGAACCAACGUCGCCGGGUCCACAUGACGCUAGAGCUGCCAUGGAGUGCUGAUAGAGCAAUUCAGCAAUUUGGCCGCACACACCGCUCUAACCAGGUAUCUGCUCCAGAGUAUGUCUUCUUGAUAUCAGAGCUCGCAGGAGAAAGGAGAUUUGCUUCAAUUGUUGCCAAGAGGCUAGAGAGCUUGGGUGCUUUAACACAUGGUGAUAGGAGAGCAACAGAAACCAGGGAUUUAAGCAAGUACAACUUUGAGAACAAGUAUGGGACACGUGCUUUGGAGCAGAUUCUGUCUGCCAUCCUGAACCAAACACAAAGAGAUGUGCCUCCUCCACAGAGUUAUCCUGGUGGUCCCAAUGCUUUUUUCCAAGAGUUAAAACAAGGGCUUCUCUCAGUUGGUAUUUGCUGCAAAGAGACCAAAUACAAUGUUGUUGUUGAUAAAGAAUGUUCAGUCACAAAGUUUCUAAAUCGCAUGCUCGGCCUGGAGGUUCACAAACAGAACAGUCUUUUCCAGUUCUUCUCUGAAACAUUUGACUUUCUGAUUGAGAAGGACAAGAGAGAGGGGAAAUAUGAUAUGGGAAUUCUGGAUCUGGCACCUGGAGUGGAUGAGAUUUACCAUGAGAGCAAAGAGAAUUUCUUGACACCUGGUCACCCACAGGAUGGACAAGUUGUUUUCUACAAGAUUAGUGUUGAUCGUGGGAUGAGUUGGGAAAAGGCUGUAGAGAAAUCACUCACUCUCCAAGCUCCAAAUGAGGGGUUCUACUUGUCCUACAAGGUCCGUGGUGAUAUGUAUUCUGCUCUUUUGGCCGAACAUAGACAGGGAAAGUACUUCAAUCUGUAUAAACCCAACAUUGGAAAACAGAGCCAGGCUGAAACGUUGGAGAGCUUGCUUAGCAAGUACCACCCGGUUUCUGCAGAGGAUGCGCAACAUCACUGGGAAAGCCAAUACAUCUUCUCCUUCAGCAACUGCAGCCAUACUAUGUGGAACGGGAACUGUAAAGGAGUGCAGCAGGGAAGGGAGUGUGUCCAAGGAUUACGUCUUAGGCAUUACUACAUGCUUUGUGGCUCUCUACUGCGAGUGUGGAGUCGUAUGGCUUCUGUGAUUUCUGACAUCACCAACAGUAGCUAUCUUCAGAUUGUGCGAUUAAAAACCAAAGACAAACACAAACAAGUUGGCAUUAAGAUUCCAGAGAGCUGUGUGGCAAAAGUAAAAGAGGAGCUGAAACAAAUGGAUUUAAAUGUGAAGCGCAAACAUGAGGAAUCACGUCAGAACACAGAACGGCUGUCUCUUAUUUAUCCAAGCUCUACAUCACUUCCUCUGGACCUUUCCCAAUCUAUUUAUGACAGGACACACAGCCCAUUAGUGCCCAAUACAUAUGACUUUUGGAGCACUUCGCCGAAUGAUCUAGAAAGCAUUUUUUCUUCCACCACUCACCCAAGCCAGCAGCUAAAUGUGAGGGAAAUUAUAGAGGAGAUGCUACAAAAAUUGAAAAAGCCAGAUCCUUCACCCUCUGACAGACACCCUUCAUCCUCUGACAGACAUGGUUCACCCUCGGACAGACAGAGUGUCAUCCAGUAUGGGGGAGAACCAAACAACUUCUGGGAUACAGACUAAAGUGUCUCCUUACUACUCCUGAACUCAGACCAGCAGAUCUGGCCCCUGCUACAUAAAUCCUUAUAGGAAGAACCAAGAUGACAUGCGUAGAUCUCAUCCACAUCAUCAGAAAUGGGGGGCCUGCAGAAUUUCUAUUUUAUUUUUCAUAAACUCUGCAUGCUCUGCAGUUUGUAAAAAAAAAAAAACUAAUAUAUUUACAUCAAUUGGAUCAAAAACAUCCUAACCCUCUCAAGCUACAGUGUGCAACCUGUCGACAUCAGGGCCUGGUAUAAAAACAGGUCUGACACCUUUAUGUAAUAGCACUCAGCACUCCUGAAUAACCGACAUACCUAGCUCUGGACCCUAAAUGAUGUCCCUGUUUAUUUGGGACCGGCUACUGUAUAAAGCAUCCUGUGGAGCCAUUAACACCUUUCGAUGGAAAGGUUUGUGUGCUCCUGUUUUUAUUAGCCUUUCUCAUGUUUAUGAGCUGUUCUAUUUUUACUUUCCCUAGGACGGAUUUUAAGGUUUAGGUUUUUUUUUGGUAAACACCCUUUUU